CAGUUAGUGAGCGCAUUGAGCACGACCAAUUCAAAAGCUUUCCGCAGUCACGCAGUCAUUCCGAUAUUCUAUCGAAAAAGCAAGCUGAAGAGAAGAUGGCAGACAAAGUAGCAGCAACGGCAGUCGCCGCUAGCCCAGCAUCAGCAAGCCCAGCAGCGCAGGCCACACCAACGAAAAAGGCGGCAGGAGCCAAGGCAAAGAUCCCUCGUGCCAAGCCAGCGCAUCCACGGACUUCUGACAUGGUUACCAGCGCUAUCCAAACUCUAAAGGAACGUGGAGGUUCAUCCCUGCAGGCUAUCAAGAAGUACAUCGCGUCGACGUACAAAGUAGACGCUGAGAAACAAGCGCCGUUCAUUAAGAGGUAUCUGAAGUCAGCUGUGGCUACCGGAGCUUUAGUUCAGACCAAAGGUAAGGGUGCAUCUGGGUCUUUCAAAAUUCCCACCAACAAAUCCGACGCACCAAAGCCUAAGGUAAAGCGUGCUGCACCGAAGGCUACUGUUCCGAAAAAGAAGCCCGCUGCAUCGACUGUUGCCGCAGCCAAGAAGCCUGCUACCGCUGUCAAGAAAGCUGCAGUUGCCAAGAAGCCUAGCGCUGUAACGCCACCCACGAAGGAAAAACGCAAGGCAGCCAAGAGCCCAGUCAUUAAAUCGCCGAAAGUGAAGAGCCCAUCGAAGGCUAAGAAGGCUGCCAAAGCACCAACCAGCAAACCCAAGGCGCCUAAACCAAAAAAGGCGGCAGCAGCAGCACCCAAGACCGCAAAACCUGCAGCGAAGAAGCCAGUUGCAUCAAAGAAGAAGUGAAUUCGUACCACUGCAAUGAGUCAUCUCUAACAGAACACCAGAAAAAUAAUUAUCAAACGGCCCUUUUCAGGGCCACUAAUGCAGUUCUAUUGCAAAAGAAUCGAUUCACACUGUACUUUAGAGGAAAAUUAGUACUAUUU